GGGAGACCAAUUUUAGGGUUCCGGUACGCAAUCGAAGGUGACGAAUUAGAGAAGACUGUUCUUCUCAGACAUCUGAGGACUCGAGCCAUUGACAGAGCACUAGUGAUGGCGACGAUUGAGUUCCAUCGUACGGCUAAUGCUUCUCUUCUCUUCGCCGCGACCAAACGCCCUCGAGACGAAUCUAAAUCGUUUAAGAAGAAGAAGCAGAGCAAACCUGAAACCCCCAAUGUCAUACGCAAGUCUCUACGCACCAGAGGCUUGAAUCCAGAUUCCGGUGGCUUGCCCGACGAUUUUUCAGAUUAUGCCAAGCGUAUGGCUCCUCCUCCCCAGUACGCAUCGCCUCCCCAGAAACUAUCGGCUCGUGUACUGGCUCCUCUGCCCUUCGUUGCGGCUUAUGAUGGAGAGGGUUCUCUUAAGCAAUUCGUUGAUACUUUUAUGGGUAUCGCGAGCGAGUCGAUGGUUAAUGGAUCGGUUAAGGUUUGUAAAGAUGAUUAUGAUGAUUCUCCGAUUGUUCAUAGAAAUGUUAGCACUAGGAGUUCUUCUCGCCUGUCUAAUGUUACUAUCAAAAACGAAGAGCCAGUUUCAUCUAGUGACGAUUCUGUGAAGAAGGAAGAUUUUGCGAAAAGGUCUCGUGGAGGAAAAUUGGUUAAAGAUGAGAAUGAGUCUCCUAUGGUGAGCACUAGGAGUUCUGCUCGCUUAUCUAAUGCUGUUCUCAAAAAGGAAGAGCCAGAUUGCUCUAGCGAUGGUUAUGUGAAGAAGGAGGCUUUUGAUUUUGCUUUUCCGGUUAAGCCUGAGGAAAUUGAGUUUGAGGGUGGUUUUGAUACGGGACCGUUGAGUUUAGAGCCGCAUAACGUAGCACGUGUUGUGCCUGGGAGGAUUUUGGUUGUAAAGUUCUUACCUAGCGAGAAUGUUAAGUUGGUUGCUGCAGGGGACAAAGUUGGGAAUGUCGGGUUUUGGAAUUUGGAUUGCAAGGAUGAGGAAAACGAUGGGAUAUAUCUAUUCCAUCCUCACAGUGCCCCAGUUUCAUCUCUUGUGUUUCAGCAAAACUCUCUCUCAAGGGUCAUUAGCAGCAGCUAUGACGGUCUUAUCCGGUUGAUGGAUGUUGAAAAGUCGGUUUUUGAUCUGGUUUAUUCAAGCGACGAAGCUAUAUUUACCCUCUCGCAGAGGCCAAAUGAAGAGCAAAGCUUAUACUUUUGUGAGGGAAAUGGAAUGUUGAAUAUAUGGGACCUCCGAGCAGGAAAGUCGAAUUUCCAGUGGGAUUUACAUGAACACAGGAUAAACUCUAUAGACUUCAACCCGCAAAAUCCCCAUGUCAUGGCUACAAGUUCCACAGAUGGGACUGCUUGCCUUUGGGACUUGAGAAGCAUGGGAGGAGCUAAACAACCAAAAACACUAAGGACUCUAAAUCAUGCUAGGGCUGUGCACUCUGCUUAUUUCUCACCUUCUGGCCUUUCACUUGCAACUACAAGCGUUGACAACUAUCUUGGGGUUCUAAGCGGCGCCAAUUUUGAGGAUACUUCCAUGAUAUAUCACGAUAAUGUCACCAACAGGUGGAUCUCCACUUUCAGGGGAGUAUGGGGAUGGGAUGAUUCAUACAUCUUUGUCGCAAAUCGUUCAAAAGGGAUCGAUGUGAUCUCUCCGAAACUAAAGCGAACGGUGAAGGAACUGCGUGACCCUCUGAUGAAAGCUAUUCCAUGCAGACUCCAUUGCCAUCCUCUUAAUGUUGGGAUGCUUGCAGGAUCCACGGCUGGAGGACAGGUCUAUGUUUGGACUAGAAAGUAA